AUGGCAGGCUCGGAUGUUUCCAGCUUUGCCCCGGUCCGGCUGGUGGAUGGCCCAGGUCACUGUGCCGGGAGGGUCGAGGUGUUUCACAGUGAGAAAUGGGGGACAGUGUGCGAUGACAGCUGGGACUUUGCGGAUGCCAAAGUGGUGUGCCGGCAGCUGGACUGUGGGGUAGUGAUAUCAGCUCCACGGCGGGCUCACUUCGGGCAGGGACAGGGACCCAUCUGGCUGGACAACCUGCGCUGCAUGGGGACGGAGGCUGCCCUCUCUGAAUGCAGAUCCAAGGGCUGGGGCAUCCACGGAUGCGAGCACGGAGAAGACGCCGGUGUGGUGUGCUCAGGUAACUGCCGCAUGUCAUGCCUCCGCCUGGUGAACGGCUCGGACCCGUGCUCUGGGAGAGUUGAAGUGUUUCAUGAUCAGCGCUGGGGGGGCAUCUGUACGGAUGGCUGGGACCUGACCGAAGCCCACGUGGUCUGUCGGCAGCUGGGCUGCGGGUCGGCGCACUCGGCCACGGGGUCUACCCGGUUUGGGACAGGAGAUGGCCUGAUCUGGGUGGAUGCUGUGGAGUGCACCGGGACGGAGGGGGCCCUCUUCGAGUGCAAGGUCAAGUUCUGGGGUGCUAAGAGCUGCAAGUCGAGGGAGCACGCAGGUGUCAUGUGCUCCACGGCCGCAGAGCCCUGGCCCCUGCGGCUGGUGAACGGCCCGCACCGCUGUGCCGGGAGGGUAGAGGUCUUUCACAACCAGCAGUGGGGAACCAUCUGUGACGACGGCUGGGACCUGAAGGACGCAGCUGUGGUGUGCCGGCAGCUGGGCUGUGGGACGGCCAUGUCAGCCCCAGGUUUAUCUGGUUUUGGGCAAGGAUCUGGCCCCAUCUGGCUAGACGGGGUGAGUUGCCUUGGGACAGAAGCCACCCUCGCUGAAUGCCCUGUCAAGCCUUGGGGACACCAUGCAUGUAACCAUGUGGAAGACGCCAGCGUUGUGUGCUCAGGGAUUGCCAGCAUCCCGAGGCUUCGCCUGAUGGAUGGCUUGAGCAAGUGCUCUGGGAGGGUUGAGGUGUUUUACAACAACAAGUGGGGGACGGUCUGUGAUGACAGCUGGGACCUGAGUGAUGCAGCGGUGGUGUGCCGGCAGCUGGGCUGUGGGGUUGCCCUCUCAGCCCCCGGCUCAGCUCGGUUUGGAUGGGCAUCUGGCCCCAUCUGGCUGGACGAUGUGAGCUGCACGGGGGAGGAAACCAACUUCCUUGAGUGUCGAGCCAAGAUGUGGGGCGUCCACAACUGCCACCACGGGGAGGACGCUGGUGUGGUGUGCUCAGGUGAGAGACGGGAUGGGGCUGCUGACCUGCGGUUGGUAAACGGGCCACACCGUUGUGCCGGGAGGGUGGAGGUGCUCAACGCCGGGCAGUGGGGGACCAUCUGCGAUGACGGCUGGGACCUGAACGACGCAGCGGUGGUGUGCAGGCAGCUGGGCUGUGGCAGAGCUGAGGAAGCCCCCGGUCGGGCUCACUUCGGGAGUGGGACGGGGCGCAUCUGGUUGGAUGAUGUGGCCUGCACCGGGAGAGAGGAUGCCCUCGUCCAGUGCCAAGCCCGUCCCUGGGGACGGAGUAACUGCAAUCAUGGAGAAGAUGCCAGUGUGGUGUGCUCAAACCCAGCCAGGGCAGAGGCAGCAGAGGUUCACCUGGCAGGAGGACCGAACCGCUGCAGCGGGAGGGUACAAGUGCUGCACGCCGGGCAGUGGGGGACGGUCUGCGAUGACGGCUGGGACCUGAACGAUGCAACGGUAGUGUGCCGGCAGCUGGGCUGCGGUAAAGUCAUAGCGGUCCACAGCCGGGCUUACUUCGGGCAGGGGACGGGGUACAUCUGGCUGGAUGACGUGAGCUGCACCGGCAACGAGGACAACCUUGCCCAGUGCCGAGCCCGUCCCUGGGGACAGAGUAACUGCCACCAUGGAGAAGACGCCGGCGUGGUGUGCUCAGAUGCCAACGUCACGGAGACACAGGUCCGCUUGGCCAAUGGCCCAAACCGCUGUGCUGGUAGAGUGGAGGUUCUUCACGAACAGCGGUGGGGGACCAUUUGUGAUGACAACUGGGAUUUGAAGGACGCCAAGGUGAUCUGCCGGCAGCUGGGCUGCGGGACAGCUGUGUCAGCCCCAGGCCAUGCUCACUUUGGGCAAGGGUUGGACCCCAUCUGGCUGGAUGAUGUGGAGUGCACUGGCAUGGAGACCACCUUCUUCCAGUGUGGCCUUAGGAACUGGGGACUCCAUAACUGCAACCACGAGGAAGACGCAGGAGUUGUGUGCUCAGGCACAAACCCCUUGCAGGUGCGAGUGCAGGAUGGUCCCGGUCCCUGCGCGGGGCGGGUGGAAGUGCUCUACAACGCUACCUGGCACGGGGUGUGCAGCAGCGGCUGGGGCCUGCUGGAAGCCGAGGUGGUCUGCAAGCAGCUGGGCUGCGGGCCAGCCCAGUCGGCACCCAUCGGAGCCCAGCUCAGCCGGGGGAACGGCCGUGCCUUGCUGGAGGGGCUGAGCUGCCGGGGGACCGAGUCGCUGCUCCUGGAGUGCCAGCAGAAAGAGAUGGGGCUGGGGCCGUGCAGGCAGGGCUCAGCAGCCGGAGUGGUGUGCACAAAGCCGAAGGCCCGCUGGCACCCUGGGGACCAGAGCGCUUCAGCAACACCAUUCCAACCUGCGGGGGCCAUCUAUCUCCCCACCAAGGCAGAAGCCCCUGAGGAUGCUGACACUGAGACGAUGCAGCUCAUGACGGAAGACGCUGCCCCAUGA